AUGUGUGACAGAAAGGACAUGAUAAAAAAUGUUGAUAUGUUGGGGGAAAUGCAACAGGACUCUGUGGAGUAUGCUACUCAGGAACUGGACAAAUAUAACACAGAGGACACUGCAGCCCAUAUUAAGGAGUGUGACAAGACCUCCCAAGUUUCUAGGAGGAACUUUGGUAAUUACCUGACACCUAAAACCAAACACUUCAUCUACUUCUGCCUGGGCCAAGUGGCCAUUCUUCUGUUCAAAUCUGGUUAG